AUUUGGAAUUUCACUGAAGACGAACUUUGCAGAUGCUGAUUUACGACAGUUUCCCAAACAGACCGCCGUCACACUUUACGGCAGACCGUGUGGCUCGCGGAGCAGAGGCAGGCAGCUGGCAGAAGGCAAUGCGCAUUGGACUGCCCAGUGCUGAAACACUGCAAGGUGGAUCCUUUAAAGCUUUGAUUUUGACAGUGCUGCUGAGUGUGUUUAUGUUCCAAGUGCUGAGGACGGUUGGACUGAGGGCGUUCUCCAUGGCAUCUGAGACGUACACAUCGGGCACACACUCUGCUGCCUUUGUCACCUGUCCAAAUGACACAGUUGCUAAAGAUUUGGCCAGGGGUAUUGUGGAAAGAAAGCUAGCUGCUUGUGUCAACAUUGUCCCAGCAAUUAAAUCUAUAUAUGAAUGGCAGGGGAAGAUUGAGGAGGACAAUGAAGUGCUUCUGAUGAUCAAAACAAGAAGUUCCAAGGUGCCUGCUCUUGCCGAGUAUGUCCGCUCUAACCAUCCUUACGAGGUGGCUGAAGUCAUCAGCCUGCCUAUUGACCAGGGCAACCCGCCCUACCUGAAAUGGAUAGGAGACGUUGUACCUGAGUAAGGAUGGACUGACAGAUGAGUGGAAGAAUUAACAGAUAGAUGUAAAACUGCAUCUGAAAAUAAUGUGAAAUAAAAUUUUUUACAACA